UGAAAGGAGGAGGAGUGGAGGAGAGGAAAAAGCAAAACACUCAGUGCUGUUCGCCAUGUUGUGUUCAGCACACAUGAGAGAAUAUAAGGACGCUUCUGAGGGUUUGCACACAACGUUUAAACACAGAAAUGGAGCUGAAGUCAUCUGAACCCCCGCGGCGUCUGUGACUGAUCCGGAAUCAUUCGCGAUUCAGAGGCGCAUUAGGAUUUUACGGAGGAACAUACAGUUUAUGUGACACUCUGUGCAUUUGAUUUAUUCUAGAUGUUGCUGUUUUCGGAUCUCAGUAGGCUAUAUUUAAACCUUGAGCUGGAUUUAUAUUUCUGUGUUCUGGAAUGAAGAUGACUGUGAUGAUACAAAUCUUUAAAAAAUAUAUUUUUUAAAACAUCCAGAAGAUCAUAUCGGGAUGCUUUUGAACUUGACUGAUCCAUGAAUAGUAAUUUUCACCAUGCAUAUGGCGAUGAACUCAAAUUGCUCGCUGUUUCUGUGUGUGAUCGAUACUGAUCGAUAUUAGCGCAUGGGUUUCAGGGCACGCUGCUGUCACUUUCUAAUACAGUAUGAUUGUUUGAUAUUUCAUCUAUGCAAACAGAAACGCACGCACUGACCUCCACACUGAGGAUUUGUCAAAUCUCUCAAACACUAAUCCUCUCUCACAGACUUGCACAUUGAUCCGAACCUGUUUGCUCACAAAUAAAUGCUUUUGGCAAUAUUAAAACAUUAAUUUUAGAGGGAGCGGAUUAUCAGCUUGGGUGUUGCUGGGAUUUUUUUUUUUUUGCAGUACAAGAAUCUGCACUGAAAAUGAGGACAGACACCAAACUGGCCUUGGCCAUAUUCCUCGUAUCCUGUUCAUCAGGUGCGAUUCUCGGGCGCUCGGAGACGCAGGAGUGUGCGUUUUACAAUGCAAGCUGGGAGAAGGACGGGACGAACCAGAGCGGAGUCGAAUCAUGUCACGGAGAGAAAGACAAGCGACGACACUGUUUCUCCACCUGGAAGAACCGCUCAGGAGCCAUCGAGAUGGUGAAGCAGGGCUGCUGGCUGGACGAUGUUAACUGCUACGACAGCAGCGAGUGUGUGGAGCGUAAGGAGAAUCCCGACGUCUUCUUCUGCUGCUGCGAGGGAAACAUGUGCAACGAGAAGUUUCACUACAGUCCAGAGAUGAUUCAGACCACGUCUAACCCCGUCCCUCCGAAGCCGGACUUGUUUCCCACGUUGCUGUACUCUCUGAUUCCCGUCAUGGCUGUCGCCGUUAUUCUCGUCAUCUCGUUCUGGAUGUACCGGCGUCUGAAGCUGUCGUCCCCGCCGCUGCUCGUGCCGUCACAGGAUCCGGGUCUGAUGCCUCCGUCGCCGUUGUUGGGUCAGAAGCCGCUGCAGCUGCUGGAGCUGAAGGCUCGCGGACGCUUCGGCUGCGUCUGGAAAGCUCAGCUGCUCAACGAACACGUGGCUGUCAAAAUCUUCCCUGUGCAGAAUAAACAGUCAUGGCAGAAUGAAUAUGAGAUGUAUAGUUUGAGUGGAAUGAAACAUGAAAAUAUCCUUCAUUUCAUCGGAGCGGAAAAAAGAGGAAAUGGAGUCGACAUCGAGCUCUGGCUCAUCACAGCGUAUCAUGAGAAGGGCUCGCUGACGGACUUCCUGAAGGCGAAUGUUGUGUCGUGGAAUGAGUUGUGUCUGAUAGCGCAGACGUUUGUGCGCGGUUUGGCGUAUUUACACGAGGACAUUCCCAGCCUGAAGGACGGACACAAGCCUGCCGUUGCACACCGAGAUAUCAAGAGUAAGAAUGUGUUACUGAAGAGUGAUUUAACUGCAUGUAUUGCUGACUUUGGCCUGUCACUGAAGUUUGAAGCAGGGAAAUCUACAGGCGACACACACGGACAGGUGGGAACGCGGCGCUACAUGGCUCCGGAGGUGCUGGAGGGAGCGAUCAGUUUCCAGCGCGACGCGUUUCUGAGGAUCGACAUGUACGCCGCGGGUCUGGUGCUGUGGGAACUGGCCUCUCGCUGCACAGCAGCCGACGGUCCCGUGGAUGAGUUCUGUCUGCCGUUUGAGGAGGAGGCAGGUCUUCAUCUGUCUCUGGAGGACAUGCAGGACGUUGUUGUGCAUAAGAAACUACGGCCGAUAUUCAGAGAGCACUGGCUAAAACAUACGGGUCUGGCGAUGCUCUGUGAGACCAUAGAGGAGUGCUGGGACCACGAGGCCGAGGCGCGUCUGUCUGCGGGAUGCGUGGAGGAGCGCAUCAUCUCAAUGCAGCGCAACACCAACCUCAUCGCCCCCGACGACAUCCUCUCCGUCGUCACCAUGGUUACCAACCUGGACUUCCCCCCUAAAGAAUCCAGCCUAUGAUGCUGUUCUCUCAGCCAAUCAGAACGCAGCGUGUGCGAGAGAACACCAGACUACAAUGACUCGAACAAAACGAGUGCGGGAAUAAUUCAACGACUCGCACUUACACACAGAGGAACUCAAGAGAUCAAACACACACGGACGUCUCUGUUUGCACCAAAACCUCUUUUAUGCAUAAAGGAAAGACUUUUGUGUUUUAUAUGAACAGCAGCUCAUAUGAUUUUAGUAUAAAAAGGGCGAAACUCUGGACUGCGUUUGCUGUUUCUUUUCUGCAAGUCAUUAUAGUCAUGCCAAUACGAGACACGGAUGUAUGCUGAAAUAACCAUGAACCUCCCUGAACAGGUAUACCUCAUUUUGAUUUCUCGUGCUUUUUUCUGAACAGCUGCUACGGAGGCGAGACGAGUAGCUGUAACACACGCUAGCGUUUCUGCCUUUCACAUUUCUGCUUCAUUUCAUCGCAGCCUUCACUGCUCUUUCUAAAGGGGUCGUAUCAUGAGGAAUCAACGCUCGCUUCAUUGAAUCACAAAGGGUCCAAUAUUAACUUCUGCCAAUGGUGGAUGAAUUCGGACAGUUUACCACUCGCCUCCAUAUUCAUCAGACUACACCUGAUACAUUGUGUUUGUUCAUAUUUAUCUUUUAGUGGCUUUAUAUGAGAAAUAAUCCAGCAGAUCGAGUGCUGGAGGGUUCAUGUUGACCCUACACUGCAAAAACGACUCGUUCUGCACUUCAGCUUUCUGAUGUGAACUAGAUUAACAUCAGUGUGUUAACAUGUUUAGUGUUGAGAAACUCGGGCCACCGAGUCGUGAUGUCAAACUAUGGAAGCUUAAAAUAAUGUAAAAGGCAAUUGCAACUUUUUAUCUCACAAUACGGAUUUAUUUUUUUCACAAUUCUGAGUUUAUGUCUUGCAAUUCAGACUGUUUAUUUUGCAAUUCUGAGAAAAACUCAAGACUUGCAAGAUAAAAACCGAGAAUUCUGACUUUUUCUUGCAGUUCAGAGUCAAAUCUAGCAAUAUAUCUCACAAUUUUUGCAUUUUAUUAUUUUUUUUUUUUUUCAGAUUUUGGAGUUUACAUCUCGCAGUUGUUUUUUUGUUUCCACCAUAAAGUCCACAAUAAAAAAUAUAAAUAGUAAUUGCAACUUCUUUUCUUGCAGUUGCAACUUUAUAUCACAAUUCUGAGAAAAAAAGUCUGAUAUUAUUAGAGACAAACUCGGAAUUACAAGUAAACUCGCCCACUGUAAAUUGCAAGAAAAAAAGUCAGGAUUAUCAGUUUAUAUCUCACAAUUCUCACUUUUUCCAAAGAAUUGCAAGAUUCUUUAGACUUGUCAAAAAAAAGUCAAAAUUGCGAAAAAAAAAGUUUCAAUUCUUUUUUUUAUCCCGUGGCUGAAAUCAAACAAUCUGAACACCAGCAGAAAUAAUAAGAGUAAAGUGUGAAAGUUUGUGCUGUUAGAAAUGACAUUAUUAUCCAUCUGUCUCAAUGUGAUAUAUUUUUACAAAGAGACUGUUGUUGCAGGAUGGAGCAGUUAAAAACUAUAUUGAACAGACAGCAAGCACUCAUUUGACUAAUUUCGCAUCAAACGACAUUUACAUAGGCGCAGGAGCAAAAACCACUUGAAUAACAUUAGAAGCUGACCUUGUGGGAAAAUAAAUGCUAAGGCCCCUUUAAUGACAGUGUUUGCACACAAUCGCAUCUUUCAGGGCUGUAAAUCUGUCUAACGCCACAUUCUCCUUCAUCUCUGUCUCUCCAUCUCUUUCUGAAGCACUACAGCAGUAUUCAGGGACGCAGGCUUCUGCUCAUACGGCAGUUAUGCAACCAACAUGCAGCAGUGAUUGCAACUGUAGCAUACAGAGUCUAAUCCGCUUCUAUUUAUUUCAUUAAUAAUGUGACGAACUCUCAGUACUGUGAAAACAAACACCGGUUAUUAUUGCCCUGAAUGUGUUCGCAGACAAACCAAGUGUUGGGUGAGAAAUAAGUGUGUAAAAGACAUUUCAGAUCAAUCUGUAAUUCCCCCGAACACACACAUGUACAGCAAAUGAAUAAUGUAAAUAUGAUCGUUGGUUUUAAAUUAUUAGACUAGCAUGAUGUUGCGCUGUUCUUUUUGGUGUCACUAAUCAAAAACAGUCCUUUAUAAAGAAAUUAUUCCAGAAGAUUGUACUGCUGGGUAUUUUAUACAACUUUUUUAUUGUCUUAAUAUCUGCAGGCCGAUAACUGAUUAUGCAUGUGAUUCUCUUUCUAUAAAUAUAAAGACAUUUUCUUUAUACUCAUUUUUCGUUAAUGAAUGAUGAUGAUCUGAUGAACUUAUUCACCACCUUUAAAUCAUCAUGAAAUCUUCUCGGGCCUGUAUACAUGUUUAUUCCACACA